CUCAGGGAGCAAUAAUGGGACCACUGAUAACUACUGUUGUCAUUGCUCUCAAGGAUUUGUAUGCUGAAUUUGUUUUGGAUGAACCGAAGGAGAGUGAGACGUAGAGCGCUGCUGGGCAUGCUUUUAGUGCUUGCUUCCUGAGAAAUGUUUGUUGCUGCCUCAAAAACGCGUUUACAUUAUUGGUUGAGCUAAUUAGAACCCAAAAAAGAAAAAUCAAAAUUGUUGCUUUAGAGUGGAUGUGUUUUUACCAAUCUGUUGGCAGUGCAUUUAUCAAGUUUUGUUGGCUGCAUUUUCUCUUUAGGACAGUCUUUUUGUUUUUGUUUUUGUUUUUUUUUCUUCUAUUUGGUGUAAAAAGUAAUAGAUCAAUCAUGUACUCCCUUGGUUGUUGGUUGUGUGCUCUUAAAAGAAUUUUGUACAUUUUGAUAUAUUUAAUAUAUUUGUUGAUGUAGAAAGCUUAUUUGAUCC